AUGCGAAUAGCUCAAAGCAGACAGAAGAGUUAUGCUGACAACCGUCGAAAAGAGUUGGAAUUCAAAGUAGGAGAUCACGUAUUUCUAAAGGUCGCACCAAUGAAGGGCAUUAUGCGUUUUGGACGAAAAGGAAAACUUAGCCCCCGCUUUAUUGGACCCUUUGAAAUAUUAGAACGUAAUAGCCAAGUAGCUUAUCGAUUAGCAUUACCACCUACCCUUUCUACAAUACAUAAUGUCUUUCAUGUAUCGAUGCUUCGAAAAUACGUGUUUGACCCAUCACAUGUAGUAAAUUAUGAACCUCCACAAAUAAGUGAAAACUUGGAAUAUGAGGAGACUCCGGUUUGCAUCCUAGCAAGAGAGAAGAAGUCGCUUCGUAACCGGGAAAUAAGUUUAGUAAAGGCUCUCUGGAGAAAUCAGCAAGUGGAAGAAGCUACAUGGGAACGAGAAGAAGAGAUGAAAGACAAAUACCCUUAUCUUUUUAAGAACCAAGAAACUUUUGAGGAC